AAUAUAUGUAAAAACAUUCAUUACUUUCCAUCUCUCGGAUCUCAUCAUCGAUUUUAACAGUCCAAGGAAAGAUGACGAUGUUUCAUUUCUUCAACUGUGCUAUCUUAACCUUCGGACCUCACGCCGUUUACUAUUCCGCUACUCCUCUAUCUGAGUAUGAUACACUUGGCACUUCGGUAAAAACUGCUGUUGUCUAUCUCAUCACAGCGUUAGUGAAGCUCGUUUGCCUAGCUACAUUUCUUAAGGUUUCUGAAAGCGACAUUUUUGACCCCUCUCAGGAAUUGUUGAAAGCUUUAAUUGGUUUUAUAGAUGUUGCGGGGCUUUACUUUGCCCUGACUCAGUUGACACAUAGGAACAUCUCUCAAAAUCACAAAUUUCAGGCAGUUGGACUUGGGUGGGCUUUUGCUGAUUCCGUUUUGCAUAGACUGGCACCCCUUUGGGUUGGUGCUAGAGGACUUGAAUUCACUUGGGAAUACAUUCUGCAAGGUCUUGAAGCAAAUGCAAAUCUGAUGUUGAGUUUAUCACUUGCUGCACUGGGAUCUUUGAUGUGGCUAAGGAAGAACAAGCCCAAGACAUUGAUUCCUAUCAUAUAUGCAUGUGCAGGAAUUGUGGCAACAAUGCCUUCCAUCACAAGCUAUCUAAGAUGGGGUUUAGGAUGGCAUCUUCCAGAAGUUGUGAGUUUUCAACUGUUGACCUCCUUUAUCAUGGCUUUAAUCAGCUGGCAACUCUUCUCAGCAUGUCAAAAACCAUCUGCUUGAAUUCAAAAUCUGAGGAAACCUUACUCUUAUCGGGAACUAUUCUUGUAGAAAUACAGACACCUUAAGUUUAUAGACUGAUUAUUUCCCCCAAAUUUUAGGGUGUUUUUCCCCAUUCAACAACCGCACUGAAGAUCAACACCUGCUGAGAAUUAGCUCUCAUUUUGCUGCGCAUUCUAAAUCUAGUUAAUGUUGAACUACGAUAUGAGAAUCCAUUAAAUGUGGUAGCCAACAAUGUUGCGUAUUUAAUAUGCUCAUAUUGCAUGGAAAUCAAAUGUAAUUUAGAUGGUUUAA